CUCAUCCUCGACUUCUUCUGCACCUUCGCCCUCGACGUCGCCACCGAACUCCGCAUCCCCACCUACCUGUUAGCCACCUCCGGCGCCGCCGUCAUGGCCACCUUCCUCCACCUCCCCGCCAUUCACGACCGGUCCACCGCCAGCUUCCGCGACCUCGGCAGCAUCCCCCUCCACAUCCCCGGCGUCCCGCCGCUCCCCGCCGACCACAUGCCCCUCCCCAUGCUCGACCGCGACGACGAGGCCUACAAAGGCUUGCUCUACUUCUCCCGCCGCUUAUCCGACUUCCAAGGGAUCCUCAUCAACACCUUCGCCUCCCUCGAGCCGAGGGCGGUCGAGUCGGUCUCCGCCGGCCUCUGCGCCUCUGACAGCCGCCCUACGCCACCCAUCUACUGUGUCGGCCCGCUCAUCGCUUCGGACAGCCACAACAAGCGAGGCCGAGAGGAGUGCCUCUCGUGGCUCGACGGCCAGCCUAAUGGAAGCGUCGUCUUCCUGUGCUUCGGGAGUCUUGGCCUCUUCUCGGCCGAGCAGCUCAAAGAAAUCGCCGCCGGGCUUGAGGGGAGUGGGCAGAGGUUUCUCUGGGUGGUUCGGAGCCCGCCGACGGACGACCCAGCAAAGCGGUUCGCACCGCCGCCGGAGCCGGAGUUGGACGUGUUACUACCGGAGAGGUUUCUGGAGCGGACGGAAGACCGGGGUCUGGUGGUGAAGUCGUGGGCGCCACAGGUGGAGGUGCUGCUCCACCAGGCGGUCGGCGCGUUCGUGACUCACUGCGGGUGGAACUCGGUGCUGGAGGCGGUGUCCGCCGGCGUGCCGAUGAUUGGGUGGCCUCUGUACGGUGAGCAGAGGAUGAAUAAAGUUUUCUUGGUAGAAGAAAUGAGGCUGGCCGUGGGGUUGGAGGGGUACGAGGAGGGGGCGGUGAGCGCGGCGGAGCUUGAGAAGAAGGUGAGGUGGUUGAUGGAGUCCGAGGGAGGAAAGAAGCUAAGAGAGAGGACGUUGGCGGCGAAGGAGAGCGCCGGGGCGGCGCUCAGGGAGGGGGGUUCGUCUCACGUGGCGUUGAUGGAGGUGGCAGGCGAGUGGAAACAGAGAUAAGAGCUCGGGUUGUAUGUUGGGCGCAAAAGAAUGAUUGACGUUUGUUCGCGAUGUCGACCGUUUGAUUCUGUUUUGCACACAUCUGAAAGCACCUCGACCAUUGAUCCACCUUCAAUUUGUUUGUGUCUGUUUGUGUGUAGGAGCGUAGGCCUGGGAUCGCUCGUAGAAAACUAGUACUGGAACGUGGGAACACUACCGCUUUGGAGCGCUUUAUUAUCUUAAUAAAACGGGAGAGCUCCUGGGUCUCUUCCAGUUCUUCUCUUCCCAAUAAAUUAAAGAAAUAUCGAAGUAUUUACUUUGA